AUGACCAAGUUGAAUAUAGUCUCCAAAUCCAUUUUGGAAAAUAUUCGACCAUUGGAUGCGUUGAAUUGCUCUUAUUCAAAAUAUUCGUUAUUGUUUAGAAAUAAACGUUUUUAUUCAAUUAAAAAAUCAAAUUUCGUUAAAAAUACAAACCAUUGUUAUUACAGUACAAAAUAUAACAAUAACAAUAACAAUAGUAACUCAAAUGCUAAAUUCUGGUUUUCUACUGUUAUUAUUGCCGCUAUUGCAGGAUCAAUUGGUUAUUAUUUAAAUAACCCUUUCUCUUCAUCAUCAUCUUCCUCCUCCUUUCCCUCAUCUUUACCUGUCUCAAAACAAAGUAUCGAAGUUUCAAAAUCUACCCUUUCCGUAAAUGAUAUUAAACCACUAGAAUAUAACACAGAUAAAGAACAGAUCGAAAAGUUAUUAGUUGAAUUAAAAAAUGUCCUGAAUAAUGAUCCAAACAACUAUACAAACACAGCCAGUGAACUAAAACAACAUUCUGACUCUGAUUUUAAUACACACCAUCCAAGCGAAGAUCAGCGUCCAUUGAUCGUACUUUUCCCGCAUUCCACAGAACAAGUCUCUAAGUUGUUGAAAUUAUGUCAUGACGCUAAUGUUCCUGUCGUUCCCUUUUCUGGUGGGUCGUCCUUGGAAGGCCAUUUCUUACCGACUAGACAUCCAACUAUCUGUAUCGAUAUAUCUAAGUAUAUGGACAAUAUUAUCAAAUUUAAUAAAACUGAUCUAGAUGUUACUGUACAAGGUGGUGUCCCAUGGGAAGAUUUAAACGAAUUUUUGGAUGAUCAAGGUCUGUUAUUUGGCUGUGACCCAGGUCCAGGGGCAUUGCUUGCAGGUUGUGUAGCAAAUUCUUGUUCAGGUACAAACGCUUACAGAUAUGGUACAAUGAAAGAAAACAUCUUGAGUUUGACCGUAGUCUUACCAGACGGUACCAUUGUCAAGACAAAGAAAAGACCAAAGAAAUCUAGUGCAGGUUACAAUUUGAAUGGGUUAUUCUGUGGCAGUGAGGGAACCUUAGGGAUCAUCACUGAGGUUGUUGUCAAAUGUCAUGUAAAAUCACAAUUCGAAAAUGUCGUUGUGGUAUCGUUCCCAAGUGUCGCCGAUGCUGCAGCCUGUGCAAGUAAUAUCACACAAGAAGGUAUCCCAGUGAAUGCAAUGGAGCUGUUAGAUGACAAUAUGAUGCAUUUAAUCAACACCAAUGAUCAAACAGAAAAGAACGACUGGAUAGAAAAACCAACUUUAUUCUUUAAGAUUGGUGGUAAAACUCCAGUAAUAAUCAAAGAAUUGCUUCAAGAGAUGGAAAGGGUCUCGAAGGAACACAAUGCAAUUAAUUUUGAAUACGCACCAGAUGAAGAUACUGUUAAAGAAUUAUGGGAAGCAAGAAAAGUGGCUCUUUGGUCCGUCUUAGAUAGUGCUAAAAGAUUAUCUAAGGAUGCUAAGAUAUGGACCACAGAUGUUGCAGUACCAAUCUCGAAAUUUUCAGAAGUUAUCAAUAAGACAAAACAUGAAAUGGACCAGUCUGGAUUGAUUAAUGCAAUUGUAGGUCACGCAGGAGAUGGUAAUUUCCAUGCAUUUAUUGUUUAUACAAAUAAAGAGGAAUUAAUGGCAUGUGAUAAACUGGUAAAAAAUAUGGUUAAAAGAGCAUUAGAAGCUGAAGGCACUUGUACAGGUGAACAUGGUGUUGGUAUUGGAAAAAGACAAUUCCUUCUACAAGAGUUGGGUGAUAAACCAGUUGAUUUAAUGAGAAAAAUUAAAUUAGCCAUUGAUCCAAAUAGGAUCAUGAAUCCAGAUAAAAUUUUUACAAUUGAUCCAAACGAACCAGAAUAUCUCGAAAAUGAAUUCUGA